AUGGUCAAAGCUCAAAAUUACGAAACUUUCGUUUUUCGUUUAGAAAUCAACAAUAAUGCGGGUAAUAAUGUCGCACUCCCUCAACGACCAGACCCAGACAAUGUGAUUCAAUUUGAAACUGACUCUAAUCAAAACGAUGAAGAGAUCGUUCGCAAAUUUAAUUUGGAUCUCGAUCUAAUAAAUAAUUCGACCACUACACGUACUGCGAUAAAAAAUAAAAAAAAGAACAUAAAACAUAUUCCACGCUGUCAAAAUAGUUUUAUUCUAUAUCGUAAAGUCAAGAAUAAGGAUCCACGUUUUUCCGGAAAAGUAACCGAUGCAUGUGUAGAAAUUUCCACCAUGUGGAAGAAUGAAUCCGAAGAAGUUGUAAACGUAUACAAAGCAUAUGCUAGAUUGGCUAAAAAAGAAUUUAGUAGAAAACACAAAAAUUAUAAAUAUCAACCAAAACGUUUGCACAAUAAAAAAAAGCAAAAAAGGCAAACGAAAAAAAACAAAUCUUCAUCCUCCUCCGCAACAUCUCCUACUCCGGACAAAAUUACUAUGAGGAAUGAAUCAAAUACACUCGACAUGCAAUCAACUUCCCCUUUGAUAUCUAGCACAUCUUUCUCCUCAACAUCUCCUACUCCGGACAAAAACAAUGAACCAAAUACUGACAUGCAAUCAACUUCCCCUUCUAUUUCCAGUUCAUCUUUCUCUACAUCUUCUUCCCCUAUUCCGUACAACAACAAUUUUCAAAAUAUGAGGAAUGAAUCAAGUAUGUUUGGCAUGCAAUUAAUUUUCCCUUCGAACUCUAAUUCAUCUUCCUCUUCAACAUCAUCUCCUUUUCUGGAUAACACGAUGUCUAUAAAAGACGCCUCCUAUUUACCUCAAUAUCUUGAUUUUGAAUGUUAUGAUUAUCCUACUUUGGGCAAUUACUCUCCUCAAACUUUUCAAGUUGCAUCUAAUUCUCUUACGGACAAUCAAUAUACGACGAAUGGAUCAGAAACAUUCGUUUCGGAAACAACUUCUCCUUCGAUUCCUCAAUUGACAUAUCCUACUCCGGUCUACGAUCACUUUGAACCAGAUACAUUCAGUAAUUUUCCUGGCUCAUCUCAACCUCUUCAAAAUGCAACUUAUCCUACACCGGUUGAAAUUAAUUCUGAAUCAAAUCUACCGGACUUACAACCUGUUGAAUACUUUUCACCAUUACGACUUAUUAAACUAAACAACGAACACAAUGAACCUGAAUUUAGUUUACAAACCAAUCCUGCAAUUACACCAAACUCGGCAGAAUUCGUUCAUGACUUUACACAAGAUGAAGUGUUGCAAAAAAUUUAUCGUACUUUAUCAAUUCAAGAUCAAAUGUCAAUGCAACCGAAAUGGGAUUGA